AUGUUUAUUCCGUCGCAACGAAUAAUCUUGAACUCCCUACAUGCCUGCGGUGGAAAUUCCAUUUCACGCCGGCUGGCACCUUCAGCCGGUAAGAUACGGCCUUUUCCAAAAUAUACAGGUCUACUGCAUACCUGGGUUCGCAUAAAUGAGUUUUCAACCUGUAAGUCACAUAAAUUCAAGCAAAUGUCCACGAAAAAGGCCCCCGAGGUCUCACCUAAAUCACAUUUUGAAGCUCUUCCCACAGCGCCGCCCAAAGCGCCGCUUAAAGCACCACCUAAAGCACAGGCAAAAAAUGGCGGCUCUAAGACACCUACGAUAUCCGAACUCAAAAUUCUGAAAGACCUAUUCAAAUACAUUUGGCCCGGUGGUGACAAAAAGGUUCGCAUUCGUGUUUUGAUCGCAUUAGGUCUUCUGGUGGGGUCAAAGCUUCUCAAUGUGCAGGUUCCUUUCUUCUUUAAAAAUAUUGUUGAUUCCAUGAAUGUGGAAUGGACAGACGCCACAUCUGCCUUACCUAUCGCGAUCGGAACGCUAAUUUUCUCUUACGGUGCUGCGAGGUUCGGAUCAGUUCUAUUUGGUGAACUGCGAAACGCCAUAUUUGCGUCUGUCGCCCAAAAUGCCAUCACCAAAGUGUCAAUCCAGACCUUCAGACAUCUCAUGAAAUUAGAUCUGGGCUGGCAUUUAAGCAGACAGACCGGAGGACUAACAAGAGCGAUGGAUCGAGGCACCAAAGGUAUAUCCUAUGUCCUGAGCGCCAUGGUUUUCCACAUUAUUCCUAUCACUGUUGAGAUCGGAGCCGUUUGUGGUAUUUUAACGUAUCAAUUUGGUGGCUCUUUUGCUGCAAUGACAUUCACUACCAUGAUUUUAUAUGCUAUGUUCACGUUCAAAACCACUGCAUGGCGAACGGAAUUCAGAAAAGCGGCCAACAAGGCCGAUAACAAAGGUGCUUCAAUUGCAGUUGAUUCGCUAAUAAAUUUCGAAGCUGUGAAAUACUUCAACAAUGAGGACUUUCUCGCAAAACGCUACCUCCAGUCCUUGACCAACUACAAAGACUCCCAAAUCAAGGUCGCACAAUCGCUUGCAUUUUUGAAUGCCGGCCAAAACUUCAUUUUCACGUCAGCUCUGACCGCCAUGAUGUACAUGGGUUGUAUUGGGGUGGUUAACGGAUCUCUCUCAGUGGGGGAUCUAGUUCUUAUAAAUCAAUUGGUCUUUCAACUUUCUGUUCCUCUCAACUUCUUAGGCAGUGUCUACCGCGAGUUAAAACAAUCUCUCAUUGAUAUGGAGUCUCUUUUCCGUCUUCAGAGAAACAAGAUAAGCAUCAACAACGUGGAAAAGCCAUUAAUGCUUCCAGAGAAGCUGCCAGCCGAGAUCAAGUUCGAAAACGUGUCAUUUGGUUAUGACCCGCAAAGACUGAUUUUGAAGAACGCCAGCUUUACAAUACCUGCUGGAUCGAAGACCGCUAUUGUAGGGCCUUCGGGCAGUGGAAAAUCUACAAUUUUGAGACUUGUUUUCAGGUUUUAUGACGUGCUUGAUGGCCGUGUGCUAGUAGACGGAAAAGAUGUUAGGGAUCUGGAUAUAGAGUCUCUCAGACGUUCGAUCGGCGUCGUUCCUCAAGAUACUCCUCUGUUCAACGAAAGCAUCUGGGAAAACGUCAAGUUUGGAAGAAUUACUGCCUCUGAUGAAGAUAUAGGCUUGGCGAUCGAAAAGGCUCAACUACAGAAUCUGAUAAAAAACCUCCCAAACGGUCGCGAUACAAUUGUAGGUGAACGAGGAAUGAUGAUCAGCGGAGGUGAGAAGCAAAGACUUGCGAUCGCCAGGGUUCUUUUGAAAGAUGCUCCUCUGAUGUUUUUCGAUGAAGCUACCAGCGCAUUGGACACGCAUACAGAGCAGGCUUUGCUUAAGACUGUAAGACAGCACUUCAAAUCGGGCUCCAAGACCAGUGUGUAUAUCGCUCAUCGUCUGCGAACGAUUGCAGACGCUGACAAGAUCAUUGUGCUCGAACAGGGUCGUGUGAGAGAGGAGGGCAAACACACAGAGCUUCUUGCUCGCCCCAAGUCUCUUUACAGGGAGCUUUGGGACAUCCAAGAGGACCUUGAGCUUUUGGAAGAAGAGUCAAGAGAAAGAGAGCAGGCGGAGAAGACUUCUGAAUAA